GUUUGUUACCGUUGGUUAUGUUGGUAGAAGAUGGCAGUCUCUGAAUCGGAUCAUAUGGAAUACUGUGAGGGUGGGAUAAGUGAAGUAAACAAUGAUUAAAAGUAAUUGCUUGACAAACUAUAUGACAGCGGGAGUGGUAAGGUGGUAAACUCUGAGAGAAGGACAUGGGUGACUAUUUAUACAUGUCUGUGAAAUGGGACCCUCAGCAUGUGUUUCUGUCCGUCAGACUGAUCAACACAGGAGCUUGCUUGCUUUCUCUUUCGCUGCUCAAAGUCCUGUCUUUCACCUGACAAGAUUUUUUUUUAGGGUUUCUUUGUUUUCACACCACAAGGUUCAUAGUCUUAUCUGUAUUUUCCUCACCCGUCUUGGAUCUUCACUUGUUGGGACUUUUUUUUUUUCUUUCAACUUAACUUCUGCAUGCAGUCAAACCAUUAUUGCUAAGCUGCUGCUCUUCUCCUUUUUUCCCCACCACCUGCUCCCUUUGUCCUUGUACGUGGUUUUUGGGCUAUGCUGUCCUCACCCACUGUGAUUCUCCAGCCUUAUGGAUUGCCCAUCUACCCACAGACAACCGCAUGCUACCCCAGCAUAGUUCAGGGAGGCCCUACGCAGGAGGCCGGGCCAGGCGGCGGUGACCCCACUCUGUCACAAGUCUACGCCCCGCCUCCCUCCUACCCCCCCGGAGGUCAAGGUCCACCAACAUCUGCAGCCAGACUCCCAGCGCUGGAUUUUAGCUCUGCCCAUCCCAGUUCAGAGUACCCCGAACAUCCCCAGCUCAGAGUCUAUCAGGGCCCGCAGCACGACGGGGCCGACACGCUGGCAUCCAACAGCACGGAGGAUGCUUUGACUCCUGUGACCUCUGACCCCCAGUCUCUGAGUGUGUCAGUGUCAUCGGCAGGCAGAGCAGGAAGCACCGGCGAAGAGGACGGAUCUGGUAAGGCUCAACCAAAACGCCUGCAUGUCUCCAACAUCCCGUUCCGCUUCAGAGACCCGGACCUGCGGCAGAUGUUUGGGCAAUUUGGCAAGAUUCUUGAUGUAGAAAUUAUCUUCAAUGAGAGGGGGUCCAAAGGCUUUGGGUUCGUCACCUUUGAGAGCGCAACAGAGGCCGAUCGAGCUCGAGAAAAGCUGAACGGGACGAUUGUGGAAGGGAGAAAGAUUGAAGUUAACAAUGCCACUGCAAGAGUAGUUACUAAGAAGCCUCAGGCACCUCUUGUCAAUGGUGAAAUUACAGCAUCUGGAUGGAAGAUCAACCCUGUUAUGGGGGCCAUGUAUGCACCAGAGCUCUACACAGUUGCCAGUUUCCCUUACCCAGUAGCCACUCCGACUCUGGCAUACCGUGGCUCUGCAUUACGUGGCCGCGGUCGAGCUGUCUACAACACUAUUCGCUCUGCUGCAGCCACGCCCACUGCUGUGCCCACGUACCCGGGGGUUGUUUAUCAAGAUGGGCUAUACAGCGCUGAAGUCUAUGGAGGCUACCCUACUGCUUACAGAGUGGCUCAAUCCGCAUCUGCAGCCACAGCGGCCUACAGUGAUGGGUAUGGACGGGUUUAUGCCGCAGCUGCAGAUCCCUACCAUCACUCAGUUGGACCAACAACAACAUAUGGCGUUGGUACAGUGGCCAGUUUGUACAGAGGAGGAUACAACCGCUUCACCCCCGUACUGAACAGCAGUUGGACAGAGUUCGUCAAACUGCACGAGCAGCUGAUCUACUACAGGACAGGUGGGCAUCUCCUUGGAAACGGUGUUACCUCCCAAUUCCAUGGCAACCUGUCCCUGAGAUGUAACCAGGCUGAAGGUGUAAAUACUGUAAGACUCACGAAAUAUUCACCUGCUGAAUCAGACUGAAGAGGAUGUUAUGUAUAAAGAAAGCUGCUUGAAAUCUUGUCAUUUUUGUUUUUCUGAAGAUGAAUAGUCUUCACGCUGGCAGAUGGAUGGCACUGUAGACGGUAACCGGUGAUGGCUGAUGUGCAAAAUACUGUGAGAACUUUUUUAAUAAAAUGUGGGGUGUCUUUUUUUUCUCCUAAAGUUCACGGGUCAAACUAGAAAAAAAAUCUUUUGUGCAGUGUUGUUGUCAUGAUGACCUCAAUGUGUGUGUGUGUGUGAGUGUGCACUUGAGAGUAUGAGUGUGGUUAUUCAACAAUGCUCAGUUUUUCAUUACAGAAGUGUCACACUUGCAGAUGUCUAGUUUGUCUGGAUGUAGAUGGAAUUUCACUUUCUGACAAUCUACCUCUCCUACAUUUUUUACCAUUUCAUACAGCUUUCAUUCUUAACACUUUAUUGCCUUCUGUAUCUGUGAUUUUUGAUUCAAAGGAUUUAUUUCUUCUUCAUUUAUCUGUUGAUAAAUGCUAGCAUAUCUGCGUCUAUUGGCUUUGUGUUGCUGGAGGAGAGUAGUUAUGUAGUUAGUUAGUUAGUUUUGUAGUUAUUCCGUUGGAGACAGAUAACGUAGUGUUUAGGGCGGUUUGGUUGUUCAGG